CUGAAAAUCAUUGUGAAAUAUUUGUGUAAAAUGCCUGAACGAGUGGUGUGUGAGUAUAAAAACUUCUCAAAGAGAUUUUAUAACACCAGUAAUGAUUACGCUAAACAAUAUUGCGCUAUUUAUAAUGUCCGUUUGGAUAAAAUGAGAAGUGUUCUUGAAGAACAAAUUAAGAAGAAAUUUGGGAAGAAAUAUCCUGUUUAUAAAUUACCUGAAUUAUCCAAUAAUGUUUCUCAGAAGUGUAUUGUGAUUGGCACGUUAUUCAAGGAUCAAAAACUUAAACCAUCAGUAUUAAAGCAAUUACAAGCAGAAAAUCAACUUGUCCCGCAACCUGUCCACAAACAUUUCACUGAUGAAAGUGAUUCUGUUUUCAUUGAGGAUGAAAGCCAAAGAUUUAAACUAACAGGAAAUAUUGAUGUUUCCCAGUUGGUCACUGGCAUAACUUGUGCUCUGCUUGGUGCUGAUCUUGGUGAUGGAAAAUUUGAAGUGGAAGAAAUCAUUUUUGCCAAUCUAAGACAACAAAUCAACUUACCACUACCUACAGAUGAUGUUUAUGUGGUCUUCAUGAGUGGUUUAGACCUACAAAACUACGAAAAACGUCUGAUUAAUCUCCAACUUCUUUCGCAAUGGAUUGCAGGAUGUUUAGGCAACCUGCACGACAUCGAUACAUCAAAAAUCAGCCGCGUUAUAAUCGCUGGUAACUCAAUUCAAGCGAUUAACAGCACAGAAAAACGCACUGUGUCAAUGACUACUAAUGUUAUUCAAUCAGAUGAAAAUCUCGACGCGGUCAAAACGUUAGAUACCUUUUUAUCUCAACUAUGUCAAGUUGUUGAAGUUGAUAUUAUGCCAGGCGAGUCAGAUCCUUCUAAUCACGUCUUACCGCAGAAAAAUCUUCAUAUGUGUAUGUUUCCUGAAGCUGGUAUUUAUCAAUCAAUGAAUUCUGUUACUAAUCCGUAUGAUUGCGAGUUUGGUGGGUGUAGAAUUGCGGGAACUUCCGGUCAGCCUAUUACUGAUAUAAUGAGAUUUUCGGAUAUUGAUAGUCCGGUAAAAGCGUUAGAGGCGUGUUUGAAAUGGAAUCAUAUGGCACCAACAGCUCCUGAUACUUUAGGAUGUUUUCCAUAUUACGAUAAAGAUCCGUUUAUCAUGGAAACAUGUCCGAAUGUAUUUUUUACUGCUAAUCACGGAAAGUUUGAAACGAAAAUUAUUAAAGGGGAAGAUGGACAAGUUGUGAGAUUAGUUGCUGUUCCGGAAUUUGCGAGUACUAAUACUGUUUGUUUGUUGAAUUUAAAAGAUUUGAGUUGUGUACCGAUCUGUUUCACAUGUUAAUUAUAACAAAAAAAUAUUUUUCUACAAGUUUUUAA